UCCAAAUUUUGUUUUCGAAGUUUAGGGUAUUUAGCCUACCCAACCGCCGUUAAAAUCCACCCAGCUCUGCUUCUUUGCUGGACAUCCAAAGAUUCCAUUAGGAAAACCCCCAAACCGAAAUGCCGUGUAGAUGCGGAAGCCAUUCGACCAUUCGCGACGACCAGACAGGCAACCUCGUCUGCUCCAAAUGCUACACCAUCCUCGAUUUCGACAACUACGAAGCCCAAAUCGGCGGCAUCACCGGUCCCACAGGCACCAAUAUCCACAUCGGCUACGCAGGUACCGGUUCUCGCAUCUCUUACAAAGACAGGAAAAUCUACCAAGCCAAAACCUUAAUCCACGAAUACGCCUUGAGGCUUGACAUAACUUAUUCUGAAAGCGGCAUUACUUCUAUGAUCGAGGAGAUCACCGAUGGGGAAUUCGGUGAAGGCGAUUGGUUUAAUGUUCUAAUCGGUGCUUGUUCUUAUGUUGUUAUGAGGAGAGACAAGAAGUUUUUUCCCGCCGCCGAGGUUGCCAAGGCUGUUGGUUGUGAUAUUUAUGAAUUAGGUAGGAUGAUUGCUCGUGUCGUUAAGUUUCUGAAAUUGAGUUUGCCUGAGAUUAGUAUCGCCGGUUUGUUUGAAAGAGAAUUCAAUAAUUUUAUGAAUAGGAAAAAUGUGGAUGAGGAUAAGAAAGAGAUGAUGAUGAAACAAGGUAUUUUUUUGGUCAAUUGUGCUGUCAAGUGGUCUUUGACCACAGGAAGGAGGCCUUUGCCGGUGGUGGCAGCAGUGAUGGCGUUUGUUGCCGAGUUGAAUGGGGUGGAUGGUUUGAAGAUCGAGGAUGUGGCGGAGCAUGUUCAUGCCGUGGUGUCUACUUGUAAGUUGAGGUAUAAGGAGCUCUUGGCCGCACUUGUCAGGGUUGCUCAAGUGUUGCCAUGGGGGAAAGAUAUUUCAGUGAAAAAUGUGGUCAAGUAUGCACCAUUUGUUAUUCAGUAUAUGGAGCUAAAGUCGAUGGAAGUGCCUGGAGGAGGAGGUGAGAGGGUUGAGCCUUUUGAUAUGGAAGAUGUGAUUAGUGAGUGUUUGCAAAAAGUUGCUGCAUAUGGGAAUGAUGAGAACCUUUCUAAUGGUGAUUCUCAAUAUUUUGAGGUAAGGAACAGAAGCGAUUUUCCUACAUUAUCUAAUGAUAAUGAUGGAAAUAACCUUAAGCUUUCACAUGAAUGCUUGUCCUUGAUUUAUUCAAGGUUUUCAAACGAGGUUGAUGCUGAGAAGUUGAAUGGACAAAGUCGACAGAUUCAUGUGCGAAAGAGAUGGGGGCUCGAGCCAUAUGCAUAUCAGGAUUGGUGGAGUGGGAAAUCAGAAUUAAGUAAAAAGCUUCUUCUAAAGCAAAUUUUGGAAAAAGAAGUAGGUUUUGAUAUGAUGCCACCAUCUUUUAUUGCCGGUUGCAAGGCAAAUGAGAGGAGAAGGCAAAAGAUUAACGCCGCUAAGGUGCGAAUCAAUAAGAUAAUGGAUCCAUCCUAUGCUGGUUCAGAUGGUAGUGACAAUCUAAACUCUUCAGAAGUUGCUUGUGGUGGGAAGAAGAGAAAGAGAAGACAAGCCAGUGAAAUUGAUUGGGAAGAUUUUGUUAUUGAAGCCCUCCUUUUGCAUCGGGUUAAAGAAGAAGAUAUCGAGAAAGGCCAUUAUCGAGCUUUGCUAGGUUUGUAUGUCUUCAACUCUGGGACAAUAUGAGAGCUUUUAGUCCAGAAGACAUGUCUGAGAAUCUUGCUUCCCUCCUUGGACUAACUGGAUUUUUGUAUAGAUUGUUUUGUCCACAUCUGUUUUUUUAGCAUUUUACAGCAACGGGAAACUUUUUGAUGGAGGUACUAUUGAUAAAAAUAGAAGGGUAAUUUUGGGGCAGAUCUUGAAUUUUAACUCUUAACUGAGAAGCAAUCCAGUCACUUAUUUUCA